UACCAAUAACAAUCAAACCUAUACCAAUGUAAGGACUAUCAUUAUUCCUAAACAAGUACGUAACAAUACCAAUCCGAAACAUGUAUGCAGAAAACUACCACUGCAUGAAAGGACUACCACUGCAUCAAAGGACUACCACUGCAUGGAAUGGGGCGGAGGAGGACUUUGGUGAUGUGGAGGCGGCGGCGGAGGGGAUUGCGGCGAGUGGUAGCUGGGUGUUGGCGGCGGCGACAUUGUUGGUGCUGGCGGCGGGAGCUCACAUCCGGGCUUCGAUGGUGGAGGAGGCGGUGGCGGUGGAGUUGUGCAUGGAACUCGGCGGUCGCCAUUGAUGCAACGUCGGCGAUGAUGCAACGCCGGCAAAAAAAGGUGGACUUCGAAGUGUACACGGCGGCAGAAAUAGGGCCGGCCAAAAAACGUGGCAUUCGAAA